CAUGGUCACCCACCACGCAAGGCCCGCGGCUCGACUGCUCGACGACUACAACAGAAAAUAAGCGAGCCCGCACCCACAAAGCCAACUUCCUCCCCCGUCAACUUUUCGAACUUCAACCCCGACAACGACAACGACCACGCCCAUCGUCACCACCGGUCAAGAUGCCUUUCUCCAAACUCGUCAAGAACGAUGCCUACUUCUCGCGCUUCCAGGUCAAGAACAAGCGCCGACGACAGGGAAAGACCGACUACUAUGCCCGCAAGCGCUUGAUCACUCAGGCCAAGAACAAGUAUGGCGCGCCCAAGUACCGACUUGUCGUGCGCUUCACCAACCGUGACAUCGUCGCUCAGAUCGUCAGCUCUGAGAUUGGCGGUGACAAGGUCUUCAUGGCCGCGUAUGCCCAUGAGUUGAAGCCCUACGGCAUUACUCACGGUCUUACCAACUGGUCCGCCGCCUACGCUACCGGUCUCCUUCUCGCCCGCCGUACCCUCAAGAAACUCGAGCUGGACGAGGCCUUUACUGGCGUUGAGGAGGCUGAUGGCGAGUUCAGCCUUACCGAGGCCGCCGAGGUCGACGGAGAGGAGCGCCGCCCUUUCAAGGUCUUCUUGGAUGUCGGUCUCACCCGCACUUCCACUGGUGCCCGUGUCUUUGGUGCCAUGAAGGGUGCCUCUGACGGUGGUCUCUUCGUCCCCCACUCCGAGAACCGUUUCCCCGGUUACGACAUUGAGGGCAAGGAGCUCGACGCCGAGACCCUCCGCAAGUACAUCUUCGGCGGUCACGUUGCCGAGUACAUGGAGACCCUUGCCGACGACGAUGAGGAGCGCUACAAGUCCCAGUUCAGCGGCUACGUCGAUGACGAUCUUGAGGCCGAUGGUCUCGAGGAGAUGUACACCGAGGCCCACAGCCAGAUCCGUGAGGACCCAUUCAAGAAGGAGGAGGGUGCAGAACCCAAGAAGAGCAAGGAUGAGUGGAAGAAGGAGUCUCUCAAGUACAGGAGCCAGAAGCUCACCAAGGAGCAAAAGGAGGCGCGCAUCCAGGAGAAGAUCAAGGAGCUCAAGGCUUAAGCUGGGCCGUCUAUCUCCUUU